AUGGCCAAAUUCCUCGAUUAUAUCACUUAUGGAUAUAUGAUUGACAAUGUAGCCCUGUUGAUCACAGGUACUGUUCAUGAACGUGAUAAGAGUGAGAUUUUGGAGAGAUGUCACCCUCUGGGUUGGUUUGAUACAUUGCCUGCUCUGUCAGUGGCAACUGAUGUAGAAAGUUUGUACGAUACUGUUCUUGUGGAUACGCCAUUAGCUCCCUACUUCAAGGGAGUGUUAUCAGCGGACGAGCUCGACGAUUUGAACAUUGAAAUCAUUCGUAACAAGUUGUACGGGGCUUACUUGAAAGAUUUCCAUGAGUUUGUUCAGACUUUGCCGUCGCCAUCUGACGAGAUCAUGAGCCGACUCCUCAACUUCGAGGCAGACCGCCGAGCUAUCAACAUCAGUCUCAACUCGAUCGGAACCGAGCUGACCAAAGAAGAACGUGCAUCUCUGUUACCCGAGUUCGGCACUCUAUAUCCAGCAGCCACCGAGUCACUGUCACGAGCCGACGACGUCGAGCAGGUCCGCAAUGCCGUCGAGACCUACGGCGGCGAUGCGUUCACCAACCUGUUUGACAACUCGUCACACAAAUCGAUCGAAGACCAUUUCUACCAACGCGAGAUGGAGCUCUGCAAAGCAGCCUUCACCCAACAAUUCACCUACUCCACCAUCUGGGCCUGGAUCAAGACCCGCGAGCAGGAAAUCCGGAACAUCACCUGGAUCGCAGAGUGCAUUGCCCAAAACCAGAAAGAACGCAUCUCCAACUACAUCUCCGUUUUCUAA